AUGAUCCGUCGCAACUCCGACAUCGAGAUCCAGCUCCCGGAUGCUGGACCGACUCCUCUUUCGCCCGAGACCGAAUCCGAUGUGGAGAUGCUAUCGGAGGAACAGGCACUUCCCUUAAGCCUCCCACCUCACAUUGCUGCCCGAUUCUACCGCAAGAGCAGCAUCUUGCGUCGCUCCUCGGCUGCAUCGUCUCGCCGAAGCUCAGUCUCGUCUCUUCACUCGCACCAUUCUGCAUCCUCGAAUGGCUCGUCCACCCCAGAUCACAUUGCCCAUCACCUUCGACGCGCGUCUAUCUUGGAGAACCGAAAGGCCAGGCUCGCUGAUCGAGCCUUGCAUGGGGAGAAAGUGAGGUUGCGAGCCGCCUUGGCUAAAGCAGCCACAAGGAAUCUUCAAAUCGAAGAGAGAGCGCUGGCUGCUCAGCAAGCUCGUGAGCGCCUGCUUGCGGAUAUCACAGCCAAGUGUGAAGAUCAGGUCAAACGAGCCAAGAAGAAGGCCGAGGACCAGCGGGAAAAGAACGCUGCCGAAGAAGCCCGAUUACGUUUGGAAAUGGCGGAGAAGUUUGCGGAGGCCGAGAAGCGACGCAUGUUGUACCAGCAAACGCACCGACGCCAACGCACAAGCAGCUUGCCAGUUGCCGCAGAGAAGAAAAUGUCUCGGGAAAUAACUAAAUCGCUCACACAGGAUGCGGCUGCGCGCAAGAUUCAACGCGUGUGGAGAACCCAUAACGCCAAAGUAGUCAUGGGCCAAUUCCAAUCGUUGAAUCUCUCCGUGGAGCGAGUCCGUAACGAAACGUUUGAGCAAGUUGGUAGGCUACUAUCCAACAAAGAGCUGUUAGAUACCAUGACCAAAGUUCUCCGACUUUGUGGGUUACAAGAUAUGGAAGGUGGAACGAUGGGCGAGAGGGGUGCCGUGCGUACCUUUCUCAGCAGUUAUCUGAUUGUUACCCAUCCAACCGAAGUUUUGAGUAGCAACGGAGAACAAGAACAAGACUUGAUUGACAAGGCUGGAGAGCUGCUGGGAGCCUUUGAUCAGGUCACAGCUUUGCUCUCGUCGGGCUGUUGCUCUCCUUCUGUUAUCACCGCGGAUCUUCAGACCCUGUGUGAGAGGCAUAAUGUCUUUUUUUCCGCUUUCCAUGCCUGGAAGUCUCACGAUUCCAGUGUCUUGAUUGAGAUCAUGGUUGCACAGUUUGUCGAGCUGGAGCUAAUCUGGCAAACAGUCAAGAAUGACCAAGCUGGUGGUGCUGCAGAAGACUACAGACAGGGCAUUAGACAGAACCAAAUUUUGCUUCUCGCCCGUCUGAAGCGACUUGCUGGACCAGACCGACACAUGGAACUGGUUCGGGACUCGCUAAAGAAGGCCAAACGGGAAAAGAAGCGUGCAGCCUCCAAGCAAGCUAUUCCUCGAUCUGCUGAGGCUGCUACUCCAUCGGCGGAUGUUUUGACAGAGAGCGUCACCUCGCCCAUCAGUGAAUCCUUCAACAACCUCGAUUUUGCGGUGCUCCAUGAGCUGGACAAGCACCGGACCUCGCCUCACGAGCGGUUCACCAAGAUUCUUACUCCCCUCCCUGAAAACCGGGAAUUAGUACAUGAACUUCUUAUCAACAAAGAGUUCAAGAUUGAAGAGGCGCCAUACACCGAGCCUCGCCGGGUGAUCAUGCAGCAAAUGUGUGAAACAAUGAGGCAAGGGGUCGAGGCUGGGCAGGCUACUAACUGGAUUGUAGCCAUGGCCACAGUGAUCCAAGAUCGUUUGUUACGCUCACUUCAGCGCGGCAAUUCGCUAUAUACAAUAAUUAGUGAAGUCUUGGAUCCAAAGCUGGUUCAAGGACAAUGUGACGCUGGCACGUUCUCUUAUGAUAACUUCUUUGAGUUUAUGAACAACAUAUUACCUCGGCUCUGUGCUCCUUACCGAGAUCCCAUUGUCAAGGCGUUCAUCGAAGAUACGUCAGGUGAUGAAAUUGACCGGUUGGCCCGGUUGAUGAGCAUCAUCGACCUGCUAUCGCUGGAUCAGACAAAUUUCAUGAUUCAACUGGCUGCACCUCAGCUCAUUGAAGAGGCCCCAGGAUACGAACAGCGGACAUUUGAUCGGGGCAUCACAGAUGGAACAAUCAGUGUCAGAAAGACCCGGCGAUUCUGGCGCACUCAUCAUAAGAUCAUUGUUGACGAGAUGAAGAAGCGAGACCCUGAGAACAUCCAUGGUGAACCGCGUCCCCAUUCGGCACGAAUUUAUGCCCAGGGACUUGCAGAUACCGUGUUGAGCAAUGCAGUUGUGUCUGAGGAUUUGAUUCCAGAAACAUUGAGUCUUGACCGUCAACGACUUGAGCGGCUACAUGCCAGAGCAUUCCAGAUCGUUGCAACAGCCUCGAUAUUGUUGACGGCGAAGAACCUCCUCAAGCGGGAUGCUCGAUCUCAAUGGAAGCCGGAGGCAGACCGCAUCCUUUCCCUGGACUUCAACGAGAUCAGCGCAGAGCGCGUACAGUCAAUCCUGGAAUCAACACAUCCAAUGCCACCCGCUGCGAGUGCCCAACUGGCAGCAACCAUCAAGCGAGUUCUUGGACCCGUCGCCACAGCAUGUCUCGCAGCUGCACCUCAGCUAGCUGUGGUUUCAUCCGAUGUCUCUGCGUCCGAAAUGCGCUCAACAGACUCACAGGCAAACAUGCCCAGCUUCUCGGACCCAGUAGCCCGACUCAUGCUCUCACGUCUCCGGAGUCAUGUUCUGUCUCGACUCAGCGCAUCAAGUGCCUCUGAGCGAGUGCGAGCUACUACAACUGCCAGCCAGAACCUGGCUGCUGCUGGUAUGCCAGAGUUUGUCAAUGAAGUUGGACAGUUGGUGGAGGAAUUGGAGAAGGUCCGCGAAAUAGAUUGGCUUUGUCACGGGACGGUAUACCAAAGAUUAUAUGAAGAAGAUGUUCCCCAGUGA